UCGUACGCCAGUGCGUGAUGACGCAAGGGCGCGCGCUUGGUGGCUCAUAGGGGAAGAUGGCGGCUUCUCCUUUGGAGGAGAGGGAUUGAGAGGGGCGGAGGGAGGAGGCCAGACUGGAGAGACAUUCCAGACAGUAAAGAGCAACGCUUCGCUCGCCUUUGGGAGCUGUGCUCAACGCCACACGGUUGAGGAAAUAGAUGUAGCGAUGUUGACGGGCAUGCCUCAUUUUGAAGGAAAACAUCACCAUGGCUACAGAAAUUGGUUCUCCUCCUCGUUUUUUCCAUAUGCCAAGGUUCCAGCACCAGGCACCUCGACAGCUGUUCUAUAAGCGACCUGAUUUUGCACAGCAGCAAGCAAUGCAGCAGCUUACCUUUGAUGGAAAACGAAUGCGAAAAGCCGUGAACCGAAAAACCAUUGACUAUAAUCCAUCGGUAAUUAAGUAUUUGGAGAAUAGAAUAUGGCAAAGGGACCAGAGAGAUAUGCGGGCAAUUCAGCCAGAUGCCGGCUAUUACAAUGAUCUGGUUCCACCUAUAGGAAUGUUGAAUAAUCCUAUGAAUGCCGUAACAACAAAAUUUGUGCGGACAUCAACAAAUAAAGUGAAGUGUCCAGUAUUUGUUGUUAGGUGGACUCCAGAAGGAAGACGGUUGGUCACUGGAGCUUCUAGUGGAGAGUUCACCUUAUGGAAUGGACUCACUUUCAAUUUUGAGACAAUAUUACAGGCUCACGACAGCCCAGUGAGGGCUAUGACAUGGUCACAUAAUGACAUGUGGAUGCUGACAGCAGACCACGGAGGAUAUGUGAAAUACUGGCAGUCGAACAUGAACAACGUCAAGAUGUUCCAGGCACAUAAGGAGGCGAUUAGAGAGGCCAGUUUCUCACCCACGGAUAAUAAAUUUGCUACAUGCUCUGAUGACGGCACUGUUAGAAUCUGGGACUUUCUUCGUUGCCAUGAGGAAAGAAUUCUCCGAGGGCAUGGUGCUGAUGUGAAAUGUGUAGACUGGCAUCCAACCAAAGGGUUAGUUGUUUCAGGAAGUAAAGAUAGUCAACAGCCAAUCAAGUUCUGGGAUCCCAAGACUGGGCAGAGUCUUGCAACACUUCAUGCCCAUAAAAACACAGUAAUGGAAGUGAAGUUAAAUCUCAAUGGCAAUUGGCUCCUCACAGCAUCACGUGAUCAUCUCUGUAAACUUUUUGAUAUCCGAAAUCUGAAAGAGGAACUUCAAGUCUUCCGAGGUCAUAAGAAAGAAGCCACAGCUGUUGCCUGGCAUCCUGUUCAUGAAGGACUUUUUGCCAGUGGAGGGUCUGAUGGUUCCUUGUUGUUCUGGCAUGUUGGAGUAGAGAAGGAAGUAGGUGGGAUGGAGAUGGCCCAUGAAGGAAUGAUCUGGAGUCUGGCUUGGCACCCUCUUGGACAUAUUCUCUGCUCAGGCUCAAAUGACCACACUAGCAAAUUCUGGACUCGUAACCGACCAGGUGAUAAAAUGCGAGAUCGAUACAAUCUAAACCUAUUACCUGGGAUGUCUGAAGAUGGAGUAGAAUAUGAUGACCUUGAACCUAAUAGCCUGGCAGUAAUUCCUGGGAUGGGAAUACCAGAACAACUAAAAUUAGCAAUGGAACAAGAACAGAUGGGGAAAGAUGAAUCAAAUGAAAUUGAAAUGACAAUUCCAGGGUUAGACUGGGGAAUGGAGGAAGUAAUGCAAAAGGAUCAGAAAAAAGUGCCUCAGAAGAAAGUUCCCUAUGCAAAACCUAUUCCUGCUCAGUUCCAGCAGGCAUGGAUGCAAAAUAAAGUUCCAAUUCCUGCUCCAAAUGAGGUGCUGAAUGACAGAAAAGAAGACAUUAAAUUGGAAGAGAAGAAAAAAACACAAGCAGAAAUUGAGCAAGAAAUGGCUACAUUACAGUAUACAAACCCACAACUUCUGGAGCAACUUAAAAUUGAAAGACUUGCACAGAAACAGGCUGAGCAAAUUCAGCCUCCUCCCUCAUCUGCCACCCCUCUCCUUGGACCCCAGCCCUUUCCAGGACAAGGCCCAAUGUCUCAGAUUCCUCAAGGUUUUCAACAGCCUCAUCCAUCUCAGCAGAUGCCAAUGAACAUGGCGCAGAUGGGGCCUCCUGGUCCACAGGGACAGUUUAGACCCCCUGGACCCCAAGGACAAAUGGGACCACAAGGUCCCCCACUGCAUCAGGGAGGUGGGGGACCACAAGGUUUCAUGGGACCACAAGGGCCACAAGGCCCACCCCAGGGGUUGCCGCGGCCUCAGGACAUGCAUGGGCCCCAAGGCAUGCAGCGGCAUCCAGGGCCUCAUGGCCCUUUGGGACCUCCAGGGCCGCCUGGACCGCAGGGUAGUUCUGGUCCUCAAGGUCACAUGGGUCCUCAGGGCCCACCUGGUCCACAGGGACACAUAGGCCCUCAAGGCCCGCCUGGUCCCCAGGGUCACUUGGGCCCUCAGGGACCUCCUGGUACUCAAGGAAUGCAGGGACCACCUGGUCCCAGAGGAAUGCAAGGACCUCCUCAUCCUCACGGGAUACAAGGCGGACCAGGGUCUCAAGGGAUCCAAGGUCCGGUGUCUCAGGGACCCCUGAUGGGACUGAAUCCACGAGGAAUACAAGGGCCUCCAGGUCCACGGGAGAAUCAGGGUCCUGCUCCUCAAGGUAUGAUGAUGGGCCACCCACCUCAAGAGAUGAGAGGACCUCACCCUCCAAGCGGACUACUAGGACAUGGCCCUCAGGAAAUGAGAGGUCCUCAAGAGAUGCGAGGCAUGCAGGGGCCUCCGCCUCAAGGAUCGAUGAUGGGCCCUCAGGAGUUGCGGGGGCCUCCAGGCUCACAAGGUCAGCAGGGGCCGCCCCAGGGCUCUUUGGGACCUCCACCCCAGGGUGGCAUGCAAGGGCCCCCUGGACCUCAGGGACAGCAGAACCCGGCAAGAGGGCCACAUCCACCUCAAGGUCCAAUACCAUUCCAGCAGCAGAAAACACCUCUGCUAGGCGAUGGGCCCCGGGCCCCCUUCAAUCAGGAAGGACAAAGUACAGGCCCCCCACCCUUGAUACCAGGCCUAGGGCAGCAAGGAGCACAAGGUCGCAUCCCACCUCUGAACCCUGGACAAGGCCCUGGCCCUAACAAAGGUGACUCCCGAGGGCCUCCCAACCAUCACAUGGGCCCAAUGUCGGAGCGGCGGCAUGAGCAGAGCGGUGGCCCUGACCACGGGCCUGACAGGGGGCCUUUCCGGGGUGGCCAGGACUGCAGGGGCCCCCCUGAUAGACGUGGCCCUCACCCUGACUUCCCUGAUGACUUCGGCAGACCAGAUGACUUUCACCCUGACAAGCGCUUUGGCCACCGGUUACGUGAAUUUGAGGGGCGAGGAGGACCUUUGCCACAAGAAGAGAAGUGGAGGCGUGGGGGCCCUGGGCCUCCAUUUCCACCUGAUCACAGGGAGUUCAGCGAAGGGGACGGCCGGGGCGCUGCCCGAGGCCCUCCAGGGGCAUGGGAAGGCCGCAGACCUGGAGACGAGCGAUUCCCCCGGGAUCCUGAGGACCCUCGUUUCCGAGGACGCAGAGAAGAAAGCUUCAGAAGAGGAGCCCCACCCCGACAUGAGAGCCGUGCACCCCCCAGAGGAAGGGAUGGUUUUCCAGGUCCUGAAGACUUUGGUCCAGAAGAGAGUUUUGAUGCUUCUGAUGAAGCAGCCCGAGGACGUGAUCUCAGAGGUCGAGGUCGGGGCACCCCACGAGGAGGAAGGAAGGGGUUACUGCCCACUCCUGACGAGUUCCCUCGCUUUGAAGGAGGACGGAAGCCAGACUCCUGGGAUGGAAACAGGGAGCCAGGACCGGGCCAUGAACAUUUCCGAGAUGCCCCUCGCCCUGAUCAUCCCCCUCAUGAUGGUCAUUCCCCAGCCAGCAGAGAGCGCUCCUCUUCUCUCCAAGGCAUGGACAUGGCAUCCCUGCCACCCCGAAAGCGCCCCUGGCACGAUGGGCCAGGCACUUCUGAGCACAGAGAAAUGGAUGCCCCUGGGGGCCCUUCUGAGGAUCGAGGCAAAGGCCGAGGGGGCCCAGGACCUUCUCAGAGAGUGCCAAAGUCUGGGCGUUCCAGCUCCCUGGAUGGGGAUCACCACGAUGGAUACCACAGAGACGAACCUUUUGGGGGUCCUCCCGGCAGCAGCGCCCCUUCUCGAGGGGUCCGCAGUGGCAGUAAUUGGGGUCGAGGAAGUAACAUGAACUCUGGCCCACCAAGGCGAGGAGCAUCAAGGGGUGGUGGAAGGGGCCGGUAGAAGUUGGGCUGAGUACCCUAGGCCUCUCUGGACAGUAUUUAAGAACCUCUUGUGGACUUACCAAGAGAAACAGAAGGAAGCCUGCACCACUGUAGCCCUGAGCUCUUCUGGGCCACCAACUCUCACGAGACUCAAGAUGCAGAGACUGCUGCCAGCUGCCUGCCCAGAGUAGCUGGCCUUGUUUGGUCCUGUCCGCCCUCAUUGCCCUAACUCCCAUGUUAUUUUGUGAAGAUAAAAGCUGGAAUUUUUUUUUUUUCAGUGUCAGGAGACAUGGAGCACCUCCACAAAUUUAAGUUCAUGUCCAAUUGGAAAUUUGUUUCUAUAUGUACAGUUUGUCAGAGAAAAACAUUAAGUUGUUUUUGUAUGAAUACAGAAUGUGAUUUACGCAAGAAUUAACAGAAAACAA